AUGGAAAUAAUUUGUUUGUGCUGUUUAGCCGAAACAACCCCUACGUACAAAAUUACAACAAGAUGUGAAUUUAGAGCGGAAGAAAGCUGUGAAAAUAAUCAGCCUGUUAAAACCAUGGAGUUGGGCGAACUUUACACACAAUUUACACAGCUUCCAGCAACGUUAGAAAUACCAUCAAGAGCGAACCAAUUCAUGUGUGACAACAUUUGUUCGCGAUGUGUUGGAAUGCUUAAGGAAUUCUACAUGUUUCGGAUGACAGCACUAAAAACCCGUGAAGAACUGCAGACGAAAGCAAACAUUGCCAAAAUUAUAAGUAAUUUAGAGCUUAAUAUCGACGAAGCAGUUGGAGCAGCUGACUAUCCCAAAGAAGAUUAUGCACAAACCGUGCCGAAAAUCGAGCACUGUGAAAGUUCGUCUAAUAAUGGCGAUGGAAUGUUUGGUUGUAGCAUUUGCUCGAAAAGAUUUAAGCAACGCAAGCUGUUGAAAAGGCACGCCGAGAUUCAUUCAGCGCAAAAAAACUACCAUUGCCAGUACUGCGAUAUGUCGUUUGCAGCAAAGGUGUCCUGCUAUAAUCAUGAGCUCAGAGUACACAGGAAGCUGUUAAAACCGAACGAAGAAAAAAAGAAUGCUAAAAGGGAAAAUUCGCUAUCUUCUGUUAGCAAAAGAAAACUCACCAAACUUGACCCGCAUAAAAAAUCGAAAUACCACGAAGAAUCAAAACCGCUUAUCCAACAACAAAAGUUCCAGUGUGAACUCUGUGGCAACAGAUUUACUAGGAAAUCUUCCUUGAAAGAUCAUAAGCUGAUACUGCACGCUGGUGUGAAGCAACACUGUUGUAAGAUAUGUAAUCGUACAUUCGGCAGGGAAGAUUCAUUAAACACGCAUAUGGCAUUGCAUGUAGGUAAAAAAUUUCGCUGCAAACUGUGCAGCAAAUCGUUCGCAAAAGGCAACUUUUUGCGAAAACAUCUCGAGGAACAUGAGAUGCCUGAUAGCAAACGAAAGUAUGCCUGCACAGUUUGCUCCAAAAAGUUCACCACAGUGAGUCAUCUGAAUGACCACGUGCUAAUUCAUAGCGACAAAAAGCCACACAAAUGUAGCGAUUGUGGUAGAAGUUUUCGUCAAAAGCAGCAGCUUAAAGUACAUGCUUAUCAACACGUAGGCAAACCUUUUCGAUGCGCGUAUUGUAAUUUGGCUUACACAUCGCGAUCUCGGCUUCAAACGCACGUGAAUAAACACCAUUCAAAUGAAGAAGUACAAUCUGGUAAUAAAAUAGCUACUGCAGUAGACACUGGCAAUUUGCUGCAACCUGAUUUCGGAGAUAAAGCAGUAAACGAGGAAAUAUUGAAUGAAAUAUGCUAUCAAAUCAAUUCCAAUCCCAUAAUUUUGGAAAACAUUGAAGCUGGUGGUGUUAACCUCAUCUGCAACGAAAAUAUUGUUUUUUUGAACGAAUAAAUUAUGCUUAGCAAUGAUAUGGGGUUUGUUGUAAAACAAUACAGCCAUUUGUCUGUGUUUGCUGGUCCAAAAUACGGAGGAUAAAACAUACAAUAAAAACAAAGCAAAAAACAAUAA